UCUCUCUCUCUCUCUCUCUCUUCUUCAACCUCUGUAAAUGGCGAGGGAGCGAAGGAGAGAGAUCUGGUAGUACAAAAUCUCCUCUCCUGAUCACUCAGCCUUCGUUCAUGGCGACUCCGCUUUCGAGGUCCGAAGAGCGCAACGUAACGUCGAUGGAAAAGUCAGCGUGGACGGAGCAGGAGGAAGAAGAAGAUGAGUUCAAGGAGUGUCUUGAAGAACCGAAUGGUUCUGUCACGCCUGUGUUCGAAGAUAGCUUGGAGAGCAAUGAGGUCGAGAAGCAGAAGGUCGUGAUUAUGAGAGCUUUUGUUGAAAGAGAAGACUCCUCUGCUAAGGAUGUAGAUGACUUCAUGAUACGAAGGUUUCUCCGAGCUCGUGAUUUAGAUAUAGAAAAGGCUUCUGCCAUGUUUCUGAAGUACCUGAGCUGGAGAAAAUCAGCUAUUCCUAAUGGAUUUAUAUCAGCAUCUGAGAUAUCGACCAAUCUGGCUCACAACAAGUUGUUCAUGCAAGGUGUUGAUAAGAAGGGACGUCCAAUUGUAGUCGGCUAUGGUAACAGACACAAACAAGGAAAUAUGGAAGAGUUUAUUCGUUAUGUGAUCUUUGCUCUAGAGAAAAUAUGUUCCAGGAUGCCAAGAGGACAGGAAAAGUUUGUGUGUAUUGGCGACCUUCAAGGAUGGGGAUACUCUAAUAGUGAUAUUCGGGGAUAUCGAGCCUCUCUAUCAAUCCUACAGGAUUGCUACCCAGAGAGGCUGGGCAAGUUAUAUAUCGUCCAUGUCCCUUACAUUUUCAUGACGGCAUGGAAGAUGGUUUACCCAUUUAUCGACAAGAACACCAAGAAGAAGAUAAAGUUUGUGGAGGACAAAAAGCUGAGAUCCACGCUGCUCAGUGACAUUGAUGAGAGCCAGCUCCCUGAUGUGUAUGGUGGCAAACUUUCGCUAGUUCCAAUCCAAGACUGCUGAAUUAUGGUUAUACUCAUACCAAUCCUCCUCUCAACUUUCUGCUACUUGUGUUCUAGUUGUUGUAACGCUAUAUUCAAUAAAAUUAAUACUCUAUAAGCUUUUACUCAGGAAACAACUCUAUUAGACAACUUUUUAUUUGAU